CCCCCAACAACAGACUGCGCAGUCUCAGGACAGGUCUUGACAAGUCGACAAGUCAACAGGUCUCGACAAGUCGACCAAUCGACAAGUCUCGACAAGUCGACAGGUCUCAACAAGUCUCAACAAGCCGGAACUUCAAUGCUGUAAAACAGCGACACUGGAAAGGGGAAGUUGCGUGCUGUGGUGGAGUGGAGACUCCCCAGCCGCCCAGCGCUGUUUUGCUUGUGUCUGCUUACUUGAUUAAUAAAAUAAUUUCAAUAGACCAGUAAAUUGUGUGGUCUAACUUACAACAAUUUGGUGCUGUGACUCGGAUGAAGGCAAUCUGAUUGAAAGAGCUUUGGAGGGGGCGCCCCGCUGAUUUCAGCAGCCUUCCGUAGAACUACUUUCAUUCAAAUCCUUCACCGACAAACCCAAAAUUAGACACAAGCAAAUAAAACUGGUAAACCCCAGGCAACCUUUGUGCAUGAAGCCCGAACGAAGACCCACAGGGUGGAUAUGGGUAUUCUUGCUGUACUUGCCCUACCAUUGGUUAUUCUCGGGAUCAGUGGAAUUAUUUAUAUUUACCAGUCAGUCAUAUGGCUACUGUCCCAGUCAGCAGUACAAAACAAGGUGGUGGUAAUCACAGAUGCCAUCUCUCGACUAGGCAAUGAAUGUUCUCGGGUGUUUCACACAGGAGGAGCAAGGCUUGUGUUGUGUGGCAGGACAUGGGAGAAGUUGGAAGCCUUGUAUGAUGCUUUAAUUAGUGUGGCAGACCCCAGCAUGACUUAUACACCAAAGCUCAUUCUUCUGGAUAUCUCAGACAUAGACUGCAUUCAAGAUGUAGCUAGGGAAAUCCUGGAUUGCUAUGGCUGUGUGGAUGUACUGAUCAACAAUGCAAGUAUGAAGGUAAAAGGAGCAGUGCAGAGCAUUUCUUUGGAACUUGAUAAAAAGAUAAUGGAUGCCAACUAUUUUGGACCUAUAACAUUAACCAAAGCCAUUCUUCCCAACAUGAUCUCAAGAAGAACUGGCCAAAUUGUUCUAAUUAAUAGUAUCCAAGGAAAAAUAGGAAUCCCAUUUCGUGCAGCUUAUGCUGCUUCUAAACAUGCUGCUGUAGGCUUUUUUGAUUGUCUUAGAGCUGAAAUGGAAGAAUUUGAUAUUUCUGUCAGCACUGUGAAUCCAACAUUCAUCUAUUCAUACCAUCACCAACCAGCAUCUGGCAAUUGGGAGGCAUCAAUUUGGAAAUUCUUUUUCAGAAAGGUGGAAUACGGUGUGCAUCCAGUGGAGGUGGCAGAAGAAGUCUUGCGCACAGUGAAUAGUAAGAAGCAGGAGGUACUUAUGGCCAACCCUAUCCCCAGAGCAGCAGUUUACAUUCGCACCUUCUUCCCUGAGCUGUUCUUUGCCAUUGUUGCCUCAGGGAUUAGGGAAAAGAUGAAGACAGAAGAGGACGUUUGAUUUUGUCCAUCUCCUGUCCCUGCUUAUGACCUGAAUAAAAUUUAUGCUUCAAAUGUCAA